AUUCAGUAGUCAAUAGUAUUUCAAUGGGUAGUUCUAAAAGUGAUAAUGACCUCUGAGAUAUUUCAUACAGAACUAGUGUCUGUUACAAAAUCUUAAAUGUGGAAAAAUAUUACUUACUUGUUACUCCAAUUAUGCGUCAACUGAACCUUAAAAGCAGAUCAAAUGGACGUGAACGAUUUUGCAAAUAAAUCUAUUGUUGGUUCCGACCACAAGCAUGCGGUUUAACUCUUUGACCAACUUUUCACUUCCUUGGUUAUUGCACCUUGCAGAUCACUAGGUAUAGAAUUUUAGUAGCUACCUCGAAUUAUUCGAACAAUCAAGUGCAUAUAUGAAGAGAGAAGUACAAAGCAUGGUAUUGCCAUCCCCAUCAUCUGGAAAUUUCCGCAUGGAUAGAACGUUUGGAAGAUCUUGCUCCUGCAACAUCGACAGUCCACAAAGAUGCUUUUUCCCAACGAAUAUGAACAUAACGGUUCCAAACAGACCUCUAUUAUCAAUAUCAGAUUGUGUCUUCUUGCCAAGUGUAACCGGACCCUAUUCCAUACCAGCCACUCCAAGCCUGCAGUAUGAUAAACCUACUCUUCCGGAAGAAAAAAAGAAAGCUUUCACAGACCUCUUGACGAAAACGCUCAGCAUAUUUUACGCUUUAUUCAAUGUAACCCUUGGAUUAGCAGUUUAUGUCACUGAUAUAGUUGACGGAAGCCAUCCAACAGCUGAGAUAUUUAGCUUGCUGUUAGUAUCAGUGGCUUUCAUCUACAUCCUCUACCUAACGAUAGACAUCAGACUUUACAUGAGGAACAAGAAAAGUCGUGAACAACUAAUAGAACAAAAGUUGAACGAGAUGGCAAAUAGUAUGAACUCAUCGGAAACUGAUCAGCUCCCUCAUGAACUUUCUAAUGAUAAUACCAAACAUUAUUAUUGUUUUAACAAAGACAGGCAUUCUACCAAUUUUUAUCUGAAAGUCGGGGCAGCAGGUUUUUGCUUUGGUCAUCUAAGCCAUAGCGGACUGCUUUUGGGUUAUCAAAUAAUAUUUUUGACAUCAAGUGACCACAUGUUUUACGAAUGCGCUUCUGUUCCGAUAUUAGUUUUGGACUUGAUAUAUCCAAUGUACAGUUUUCUGUUGUUAUUCUUUAUAUUCAAGUAUUCAAAUGUGAUUGUGAAUAAAAACGUGGUAUUGGCCAGAUUUGGAAUUAUGCAUUGUCUUUCUUCAAGCAUUUGCUUUUGGGCGUGGACAAUUUUUCGGGAGACUCUGGAAGCUAUAGCUAAUAAAGCAUCAAAAAGUGAUUUUAAAAAGGCUGAGAACUUGGAGUUUAAACAUAAUCUAACGAAUGAAAAGCCAUAUGCGUUGCCGAUGUCUCCAUAUGAUCAAGGUGCCCAAAUGCUAACACAAUACAUGAACACGUCACUAAGAAGAUUCACCGAAAUAUGCGAUUACAAUGACCAAAGUAUGAGGACCAUAUACAAAGACUUCUCACCAUAUCUCUAUCCAUUUAGUGUGGAGUUUAGCAUUCUAGUAGUUGGUGUGUUGUACAUGAUAUGGCAAAAUAUCGCAAUGUGCAAUAAAAUGAACGACCAGGAACAAGACGAGAAACAUUCCACCAGACAAUGUCGAACUCCACUACCAAUAGGCCACAAUGAAAACGAGAGUAAUGUUGUGGUGUAUAUGGAUUGCCAUUCUUCUAGUAGAGGUCUUUUUGGCGGAUUUUUUGUUCUAAUACUUACUAUAGUCAGCAGCAUUCUGUUCUUCAUUGCUAUUUAUAUGGACGAAAACGAUAAAGACAGGUCUGAGAUGGGAAUCACACUGAACAUAGGGACCUCAGUAAUAAUUCUAACACUUAUGAUGGCAACAUGCAUUUUUGGUUAUCGACAAAUUACGAAAUUGGAUGUGAACACUGCGUAUAACCACUUGCUAGAUGAUGUCCUUCUGUUUAUAUGUAUCCCUGCUUAUUUUCUAAAUGGGAUAUUCAGCAUAAUCCCAGCAAUAAUUUAUUCAAAUAUCAUUGGAUGCUUCAACAUAGUUCUUGAGGUGUUCCAAGUUUUGAUCCAAACGCUCUUCAUCUUGGACGGUGUUCGUCGAUCCAGCAACACAAAACAACUUCGCAAAAAGAAGCCCGGUCGUGAGCUAGUCACAUUUCUUAUAAUUUCUAAUAUCUCCCUCUGGCUGAUGCAAACUUUCGAGGUAAAAAGCCAUGGAAUGCAAGACAACAGGUACGAGUUCUACGGGAAGGAGCUCUGGAUAAUCCUUGGUCACAUGUGUCUACCACUGAUGAUGUUCUACAGAUUUCAUUCUUCAGUGUGUUUCGGGGAUAUUUGGAAGUAUGCUUACGAGCCUUCUGAACAUUGAUUGUUGUACACUAUAGUAUUCCUAGAUAUAUUUCUUUUUUUACGAAAUGUAUCGCAUUUUCAAUUCAACUUGUAUAUUUAUAUAUUCCUGAUAAAUGAAAAUUAUCUAGUUAACUUAUUUAUGACUCAUACCUGGAAGAAAAAUGUUACAGUAACGUGGUUGUGUAGCCAUACUGCAUAUCAAGGUUGUAGUCAUGUGAGUUUUCAUGAACGAAAGGUAUUUUUAUACAAAUUUUUAUUUGUGUUUUAAUAUAACCUUCAAUCAUAUAAUGUAAAAUUAUGAACAAU